CUUCUGGGAGUUGUAGUCGCUGGGGACAGGCGCCGUCGGUUAGGAGACGUAGCUUUCCAUGGGGUCCGCUAGUGCAGUCGGUUCCCCGCGGGAGCCGCGGGCUCACUCGGCAGCUUUCCCCAGACUGCGCUUCCUCUGAAGCUGAGGAGGCGCUUUCGUUUUCCCCGGCUCCCCUUCUCCGGUGCUGGAUGCUCCUUGCCCUGCAGUCCACUUCUCUGCCUAGUCCCCUCUCCGGUCCAUCUCCGAAGCUCUAGUUUAGCGGGACUCGCCCUCCGGGAGACACAGGGCCGCGACCUUUUUAAACCUGGUCUCCGCCCUCUGAGACCGUCCUCAUUCGGCCCCUCACACCGGCUUCCACCACUGUCCCCUUUUUCUCUGUCUCGGCACCGCUGCACUCACGCUCCUUCCACUACUUUUUUUUUUUCCUCUCUGCAGGGAUGGAAGCUUCCUGGCGCCAGGUGGCCGGUGGCCGAGGCCGAGCCCGUGGACGGGCCACUGCGGUCCCCUCCUCGGGAAAUGGAGUCCAUCUCCGCGGCGCCGGAAGAGGGCGAGAAAAGGGGUCGGUGGGCGCUGCGGGUCCCGGCCCCAGCCCGGGAGGAGCCGCGACCGCCGCGGCUGCAGCAGAAUUACUGUCUCAAAGGAAAUUUGAGGAAAUCAAGAAGGCUAAUCAAGCUGCGGCCAAAAAACUUGUUGAAGAACACUUUAGCUCUUCCUCUGAAGAAGAAGGAGAUGAAGAUUUUGAAGGAAAACGGGGAAAAAUAGUUGCUAAUACAUUUAUAACUUACACUACUCAGACAGAUGGAGAUACAUGUGAAUUAGAGCGAACAAAACAGUAUGUAAAUGAAGCUUUUCAAGCAGGGGCUAUGACAUGCUUAAUUUGUAUUGCUUCAGUGAAGAGAAACCAGGCAGUUUGGAGUUGUUCAGGAUGUUUCUGUAUCUUUCACAUGCCCUGUAUCCAGAAGUGGGCUAAAGACAGCCAGUUUCUAGUAUCUUCUUUAACGGAUGAUGAUUUUGGCAAGAAGGAUUAUCCCUGGCCUUGUCCAAAAUGUAGGUUUGAAUACAAACGAUCUGACACACCUAGUAGGUACUAUUGCUAUUGUGGAAAAGUAGAAGAUCCUCCUUUGGAUCCGUGGCUUGUGCCUCAUUCAUGCGGCCAAGUAUGUGAGAGAGAAUUUAAACCUCCUUGUGGCCAUAAAUGUUUACUCCUCUGUCACCCAGGGCCCUGCCCUCCUUGUCCAAAGAUGGUCACAACUACUUGUUACUGUAAGAAAGCAAAACCCAUCCCUCGUAGGUGCAGUGCCAAGGAAUGGUCCUGUCAGCUGCCAUGUGGGCGGAAGUUGCUUUGUGGACAACAUAAAUGUGAAAAUCCUUGUCACGCAGGAAGUUGUCCUCCCUGUCCAAGAGUUAGUAGACAGAAGUGUGUUUGUGGCAAACAAAUAGCUGAAAGAAGCUGUGCAAGUCCACUAUGGCACUGUGAUCGAGUAUGUGGAAAAACACUGCCAUGUGGUAAUCAUACAUGUGAGCAAGUUUGUCAUGUUGGUGCUUGUGGAGAAUGUCCUCGAUCUGGGAAAAGAUUCUGUCCAUGUCAGAAGUCAAAAUUUUCUUUGCCUUGUACAGAAGAUGUACCAACUUGUGGAGAUAGUUGUGACAAAGUACUUGAAUGUGGAAUCCAUAGAUGUUCACAGCGUUGUCACCGAGGUCCUUGUGAAACAUGCAGACAAGAAGUAGAAAAGCAUUGUCGCUGUGGAAAGCAUACAAAACGAAUGCCAUGUCAUAAACCUUAUCUCUGUGAAACUAAGUGUGUUAAGAUGCGUGAUUGUCAGAAACAUCAGUGUAGGAGAAAGUGUUGUCCUGGGAACUGUCCGCCUUGUGAUCAGAACUGUGGACGCACUUUAGGAUGUAGAAACCAUAAGUGUGCAUCUGUCUGCCACAGAGGUAGUUGCUAUCCCUGCCCAGAAACCGUAGAUGUGAAGUGCAAUUGCGGUAAUACAAAGGUGACAGUCCCCUGUGGCCGAGAACGCACCACAAGACCACCCAAGUGCAAAGAGCAAUGCAGUCGACCACCAACUUGCCAUCAUACAAGCCAAGAAAAACAUCGCUGUCACUUUGGCUCCUGUCCUCCAUGUCACCAACCUUGCCAAAAAGUUUUGGAGAAAUGUGGUCACUUGUGUCCUGCUCCAUGUCAUGAUCAAGCAUUAAUAAAGCAAACUGGCAGGCACCAGCCUACAGGCCCUUGGGAACAGCCUUCGGAGCCAGCAUUUAUUCAGACCGCAUUACCUUGUCCUCCUUGCCAAGUUCCUAUUCCUAUGCAAUGUCUUGGGAAGCAUGAGGUGAGUCCACUACCAUGCCAUGCUGUAGGACCCUACUCUUGUAAGAGAGUUUGUGGACGAACCUUAGAUUGUCAGAAUCAUACAUGUAUGAAAGAAUGCCACAAAGUAACUGAAAUUGGUGCCUGCACUGGCAAAAACAAGGCUGGCCCCGAAUGCCUUCAGUGUGAAGAAGGGUGCUCUAAGUCACGGCCUGUGGGUUGUCCUCAUCCGUGUGUUUUGCCCUGUCAUCCUGGAGCAUGUCCUCCUUGUGUUCAGAUGCUUAGAAUAAAAUGUCACUGCAAGAUCACAAGUCUAUAUGUGGAAUGUAGAAAAAUAACCACAGCUGAUGUAAGUGAGAAGAACCUCCUCAGUUGUUGCAAAAAUCAGUGUCCUAAAGAGCUUCCUUGUGGUCAUAGAUGCAAAGAGAUGUGCCAUCCUGGUGAAUGUCCUUUUAACUGUAACCAGAAGGUAAAACUUAGAUGUCCUUGUAAAAGAAUAAAAAAGGAAUUGCAGUGCAACAAAGUACGUGAACAUCAGAUUUCAAUAGAAUGUGACACAACAUGCAAGGAAAUGAAGCGAAAAGCAUCUGAGAUAAAAGAAGCAGAAACUAAAGCUGCUCUUGAAGAGGAAAAACGAAGACAACAGGCUGAACUGGAGGCUUUUGAAAACAGACUGAAGGGUCGUCGGAAGAAGAACAGGAAAAGAGAUGAAGUGGCAGUUGAGCUAUCGCUAUGGCAAAAAUACAAAUAUUAUCUCCUUCCAGUGUGUGCUGUUCCAGUUCUAGUGUUUGCAUGGUAUAUAGCCCAUGAUGUCCAUUAAAAAUUUUUGAUCUGUUAACCUACCUCAGAUUGGAUUUAGAUAAGUUGUUAAAUUUGCAGCAUAUAUUGUAGAACAUGAUACAUAUUCACAUUCAUCGCUCUAUUCUCUUCCAGCUAUUGUUAGGACAGAAUAUUAAGCUUUAUCUUAAUUAACAUAUGAAAAGUGGUAAUAUAACAUUGUUUGAUAUUAAAAGCAUGACUGAACUUAUAAAAUACUUCAGAAGGCAUAGUUAGUGGCAGGGUAGCGUGUUAGUUGUUCAUUGUGCUUCCUUGUAUUAGCAUAGUUGUCUCAUUUACUAUUUCAAACCAACAUUUUUUUUUCAAAAUUAAGAUGAAACUGAGCCAUAUGUGCAGUAAGAGGAAUAUUUCACAAUGUUUUGGUUACUUAUUGAAAGGUACUUUUCUUGAUCAUGUAACUUUGUACUUUUUUAAAAAAAUGAUUCUCUAAAAGACCUUUUAAAUUGUAACAUGAAGUUAUGUAAUUCAAUUCCAGAAAUUGGUUUAUUAGUGAGGAAAUUUUAUCAGUUAUUGAAAUAAAUUUUUAUGUAGUUUAUUCCUCAGAGGAAAAUACAAUUGUUUUCAAAAUAUGCCAGGUUAGAUACAUCACAUGUGGCUAUUUCUUGUGUAAGCUUUCAACUGAAGUUGGCAUGUUUAGUAAAACUUGUUUGUGUCUUUUCAAAGUAAUAAUAAAAGAAAAAACUAAUAUUUAUGAGCACUAUGUGCUGAACACAGGGCUUAUGAGCCUUAUGUAUUUUAUUCUCAUUUUUUCUUACCUUGAUCCUAUAAGUAGAUUUUAUCUGGAAAUAAUCAGUUGUUAUGAAAACUACCUGAUAAAAGAAAUAUCAGUAAGCUAAAUCUGUUUGAAUUAUUAGUCAUUUUAAAUGGUUUGCUAUUUGAUUUUUGUAUGAUUAAUGUUUUCAUUAAAAUUUUUCAUACCAAAUUUAUAAUCUUCAAUAUUUACUAUUAUCUAAAUAAUCAGGAGCCUAUCAUUUUAGAUUAGGUAUUAGUAUCAAUGUAUAAAACUCCAGAAUUUGAUGUACAACAUAGUAAUUGAUAGAUAGUAAAAAGUGGUAGAAGUAUGUUUUAAACAGAAGCACAAAGAAGGAAUUUUAAAUUUUGCUAAAUUUAACUCAGAUUUUAAAAAACGUAUUGUUGAUUAAUCGAGUAGUAGCUCGUAUCUAAAAUUAAAGGGCACUCAUUCCUUUCUUUAUGGGCCUUGUGUUUUGAUUUUAGAUUUUCUGUUCUUUUUGUUACUGUUCCCAAUGAUAGUUACUGGGUUAGUGUUUCAGAAGCUCUAAAUUAGAGCUGCUACUCUCAAGUCAUUACCUUACUCUGCUCUAAAAUGAAUAUUAAAGAAUAUGAACGAGUAGGUGUCUACUUGGGAAACUAUUUUCAUGUAUGUCAGACUCUUGUUCUGUUAAAUAAGCCUGAAGCCUAAUUCAUGUCUGUUUUAUGGGCUGUGUUCUUGUUAGGUUUUCUUUCUAAUUUGUGAGAAAGAAUUUAGUGAGGAGAUUGAAUGAAUGACAAAUUAAACUGUUUGCUGUUUUUUAUUUGUUUGGCUAGUAUCUCAGAGCUUAAUUAAUUUACCCGAAGUCACAAAACUAUUCAUUUAUUCACUCAAUAGAUGUGUUUCCUCUGUGACAGAUAAUUUCUAGGUACUGGAGAUAAUUGUGAUAUUUCUCUUGGGGAGCUGCUAAAGGAGUGGAAGAGAUUUUAAAAAUGAACAUGCUUUCAUGUGUAAUAAAUUAAAAAUUAAGAAAUUAAAUAAGAGAACUAGUACAGAAAGUGGGGGCAAAAGGUCACUAGGUACUGUAGAUUUGGAAAGUCCCUCUGAAAUGGAGUCAUUUGAACUGUGACCUGAAUGACCUUCAUUUGAAAAUCUGAGGAGAAAGUCUAUGAGGGAGAGAAUGCAGCAAGUGCAGAGUCUGUAAGUUGGAGAGAUGCUUGGCAUGGCUGAGGAACAGAAAGAAGGGCUGGCGUUGCUGGAGCUUAAUGAGUGAAAGGGAGAGACAGUCUAGGGUCCGCUGAUACAAUGCUUGAUAGACCAUGUUGAGGGAACUGGGGUUGUAUUCUAGUCGCAGUGGGCAGCACUGGAAAGUUUUAAAUGGGAAGUAGUUUUUUUAAAGAUUGCUGGCUGCGUGUGGAGAAGAGACUAAGGGAGCAGGGGUAAAAGCAGGGAGGGAGAUAAGCUGGGAGGCAGCCAGGCUGGAGGUACUGAUGGUGCAGAUUGAAAGCGGGGUGCAUGCCUCCAGUUCCCACGGUUCCCUACUGUCCAGAAUGAGUGGUACGAGGAUGCUGCAGAAGCCGCUGCACGAUGAGCAGCAUGGGAAUGAAUGGAACAGGACAAAAGAAAUAAGCUCUUUACGAUCAAAAUGAAGUUAAAUUUGGUCAAAUACUCACAGUAGCUUGUUCUGUGGGAAUAAAGCAGUAUGUGACCUUUUUGCUUUAAUCUGAGCCAGUUAGAGAAGGUUUGGAAAAAGUUAUCAAAUAGCCACUAAGAAUGGCGUAGAUAAAAUUGUGACUGUGAUGGCCUUAUUUUCCUAUUUACUUUUUGUUAUUAUAAACGUUUAUUAGCCUACUGUUUGAAAUUUGUGGAAUAUUUGUAUUGAAACCUCUAAAGUUUUCCAGUUUAAACCCUUUCAGGGAUUGGCCAACACCUAGUGUUUGUGUUUCAAUUACUUUUGCUAUUCAAGUCUAAAGUAGAUUCAAAUAACCUCAAAUGAAUUGGUAUAAUCUUUGUUGAAGUUGCCAAAGGAACGUUAUUGAAGCAAAAACAUUGAAAACGUUUGCUCUUUGCAAACAAGUCUGAUGCUUGAACUUCAUGGCUAUCUUUGAGUGUUAAAAAUUUUAAACACAGAUAAGUAUAUAUGGUAGUGUUUAAAGAUGACCAGUAAGAAUUUUUUGGUCUCUUCGUGUUAUUUCAAAUGACCCAGGUGACCCCCUCCCGUUGCUAUGUUUGCCCAUCCUUGGGAAAUGAGACAGAUGUCUAAGCUCUGGGCUACAGUUGAAGGACGGUAGCUGUCUCGUCUGUGGUCUGUGCAAGUUGCCCUCUUUAUUGAGUGUCGGUGAUCAGACCACCCUAAGCCUUGUGCUAUGAGGUUGAUGAGCUUCAUAGAAGGAGGAAGAAGCAGAUUUCUGGUUACGACCUCCUAGAAGUGACAUGAAUUUGGGAGUGGUGGGAGGAGCUGGAAGCCCCUCUGCUCUCCAGAAAGUUAAGGGACAAUAGAGAACAGGUGUCCAUCUGGGAAACCAUUUUCAUGUAUUUCAGAAUCUUAGUCUACCGAGCAAGUUCAGGUGUGAUAUUUGCUGAGUAGUGUGGGCACAUGUAUUUAAAUGAUACUGUGAAGAAUUACCCAUGUACAACCUGAAAUCCCUCAUGGCACUAAACAGUUCCUGCCCUGCAUUGUUUAUUUGUUUCUUGUCUGCCUCCUUCACUAGAAUGUAAGCUCCAUGAGGGCAAGGGUGCCGUUUUGUUUACUGCUGUAACUCCGCAGCGGGGAACUGUGCCUAGCCACAUAGUAGAUGCUGGCUUUAGUUUCCUAAGGCUGCCACAACAAAUUCCCAGAAUGGCUUGAAAUAACAGAAAUUUAUUCUCUCACAGUCCAAAAUCAAGUGUCAGCAGGAUUGGCUCUUUCUGGAGACUCUGAGGGAGAAACUGUCCCAUGCCUCUGUUCUAGCUUCUGGCUGUGAGCGUCAGUCCUUGGGGUUUCCUGGCUUAGGCACGUCACUCCAGUCUCGCCUCCAUUUUCACAUGUCUCUGCGUGUCCUUUUCUGUCUCUUAUAAAGACACUCUGUACUCUGGGCUCAUCCUAUUCCAGUAUGAUCUCAUUUUUAACUAAUUACAGCCACAAAGACCCUCUUUCCAAAUAAGGAAGGUUACAUUCUUAGGUUCGGGGUGGACUUUAAAUUUGGGGAGGGAAACUAUUCAACCCCCUACAGUGCUCAGUAAAUAUAUGAUGGAUGACGGAAUUAAUAGUGUAAUGUGUGCUGUAAAAUCCUUGGGCACUUUUUUAUUACUGUCUUAAUAAUUGUGCUGCAGAAGGCGGGGAUUCAGAGCUCAGUCUAGUGACAGAUUACUUGCGUUCCAAUUCUGGUUCUGCCACUUCCUAGUUGUGAUAUAUUGGGCAAUUAUUUAACUUCUGUAAGCCUCAGUUUAUUCCUUUUCUGUAAAGUAGUAACAAAGAGAGAUAACAAUGCCCAGUAAGUGUGAGCUAUUAUUAGUCUGCAACUAUUUUAAAGCACUUUACAUUUUUCAUUAAUCCCCUUAACAGCCUAUGAGGUGGGUUUAUUAUUACCAUUUUACAACCAGGGAAACUAGGUUUGUUUCAAGAAUGAAAAACUGAGAAAAUACGCAUGUCACUUUGUGAAGUACCUGACACAUAGUGCUUAGAAAUUCUUAGCUAUAAAAAUAUAAAUAUGACAAUCUCAUAACUUCAAGACUUCUCUUACAAAUUGAUUCUCAAAUCAGAAAAAAUGUGAACUGAGGUAACUCACUUUUUGCUCAUGUGGUCAUUGUCAUUGGGGGUGAGGGGUACUACUAUUUCUGGA